AAGAGGUAGCAUCCGAGCUUCCGCAACUGGGGCUCUGCACAGCACGUCACACGCAGUAGCCCAUUUUGCUCCCACCACAACCUGAUGGGGUGCAGAUACCGUUGUCCCCCAUCUUUCAGAUGAGGAAACAGAGGCGCAGAGAGCUGAAGUCACUUGCCUAAGGUCACAUGGCUGGUAAGUGGCAGAGCCAGGUGGUCUGGAUCCAGGACCCACAGCACUGGUGACAAUGCAGAGGGCCUGGGGGAGAUUGGGACGGGGGGCUUCCCUCGGCCUCUCCCCACCAGAGGUUGUCAGGCUUCAAGGGAGGCGUGUCCCGCGUCCAGCCCCACCCAGGUGCUGAUGCAAGGUGUUUUCCCAAGCUGCUCUCAGAAAGGCCCUUUCUCUUCGUGAACUGGUCAGGCAGAAAAGGAGGACAGGUCAGGUGGCUUGGCUGUGGUCCCUGGCUCCAGGCUCCCCUGCUGUGUCCCCUGCUUGACCAGUUAAAUGCCGACCCCACUGGGGGACCCACAGACCCCGAUAGGACCCCGAUAGGCAUGAUCCCAGCCACACCUACUGGGGUUCUACCUGCCCAGCACUCGCCACACCCAAGCCUCCCCGCCCAGUGGAUUUGCAAAGGGAAAUAAACCGCACACACAAAGAAUAACCAACCCCGUGCGCUUCCUGGCAUCGGGUGACUGUUUGGUUAGGAGCUUCCUCCCUCUCUGUGCACCCACUGGACUCUCCUCCCACAACCCCCAGCUGCUGGCCGCAGAGCUGGCUCGGGUGGCCGGUCCUAAGCUCAGCCCCUGGGCAGACCCUCAUGCCCACAGGAGGCCAGCGGCUGGGAUCUGUUGGCCCUGGGCCCCUUGGCCACCCUCUGCAGCUCAAAGUCACCUUUGCUCCGACUUCUCAGCUGGCCAGACCCAGCCCGGAACACCUCCCCUCAGCUUGGCUGGCUCCAGGAACGGACCCUGUUGGGCAAUCAUUAAUCGGAUUCUCGACAUUCCUCAGCCCCAGGUCGCCAGGAGAGGCAUGAGAAGCAUGCUGCCCCGAGAGGCAGGGGCCCCGGACUGGCACUUGGACAUGCAGCUGACCGGCAAGGUGGUGCUGUCGGCCGCCGCGCUGCUCCUGUUGACCGCGGCCUACGGGCUGUACAAGGCGAGGCCCGCGCCGGCCCCGAAGGAGGGUGGAAACUCAGAGGCCGAGGCCGGGCAGGAAGCAGAGGGCUUGGGGCAGCCUGCUGCCCAGGUGGCUCCUCCCGGGGCGCCGCGGAGGGGGCCGAGACGCCGCCGGAGGGUGAGCAAGGGGGCCGGAGCACCCCCGGGCUGCAGCUGUGAGAACCCAGGAGGCCCCUGCACCCUGACAACGGGGGCCACCUCCAGAGACGAGCCCCAGAGAGAAGGUUCUGGCGAGGAGCAGGGCGGGCAGUGCCCGGACUCUGAGCAGGUGCCUCCCCGCGGUGACGGCCGGGAAGCCGGAACAGCUAUUGGCAGUAAGCCUGACCCUCCGCACUGCCCCUAUUUGGACAGUGAACCCGAAGGCUCCCCAGCUGGAGUCUCUGCAGCGGGGGGCGGCAGCUGUGCAGGUGGCGAGCCUGCUCCAUGGUGGGGCGGCGGACCCCUCGAGCUGCCAGGGCCCGGGCAGCUGGAGCUUCCCCACCAGCCCCUGACCGCCCCCAAGGAAGGCAGCAGUGACAUGAACCAGAGCUGGGUCUUCACUCAUGUGACAGGGGUCAGCAGGGAAGAGGCGGGGGCUGUCCAGGCCGCCUCAGACGUGGGCCUGGCGCUGCACCAGCAGGAGGGGGCCACCAACGCCUCCUACACCUUCUCGUCGGUGGCCCGGGUCCGCAUGGAAGAGAACUUCAUACAGAAGGUGGAGGGGGCCGGGCCCAGCCUGAAGGGCAAGGUGUACGACUACUACGUGGAAUCCACCUCUCGGGCCAUCUCCAGGGGCGGGCUGGCCCCCAAGACAGCUCUGGCUGAGGCUCCCUGCCCAGAAGCACCGCCCAGGCCCCUGGGAGCAGGGGCAGCCUCCCCGGGCCAAGCCAAAGACACAGAAGGUGGAACUGAGACAGCUGCCGCCCCCCGGCCUGUGCCGUCCCCCGCCCCGCAGGGCUUCAGCAGGAAGGACAGCCUCCUGCAGAUCUCGGAGAACCCAGAGCUGCAGCUACAGCCCGACGGCCUCGGCUUCCCCCCUCCACCCCGCCCAGACCGGGGCGCCCUGCCUGGUGCAGCCAGAAGCAGUGGGGAGCCCCACGUGCAGGCCGUGGCCGGGACCAAUUUCUUCCACGUCCCCCUGGCCCCCGCGUCAGACCCAGACGUCCGCCUGGACCUGGGCAAUUGCCAGGAGGCGCUGGCCUUGGCCAAGAGGCAGAACUUGGAGGCCCUGAAGGAGGCAGCCUACAAGGUGAUGAGCGACAACUACCUCCAGGUGCUGCGCAGCCCGGACGUCUACGGGGGCCUGAGCGGGGCCGAGCGGGAGCUGAUCCUGCAGCGACGGCUCCGCGGCCGCAAGUACCUGUUGGUGGCGGACGUGUGCCCCCAGGAAGACUCCGGCCGCCUCUGUUGCUAUGACGAUGAGAGGGAUGUCUGGCACCUGCUGGCCCAGCUGCCCCCUGAGGCCGUGUCCCGGGGCUGUGCCGUCUGCAGCCUCUUCAAUUAUCUCUUCCUGGUGUCUGGCUGCCAGGGGCCGGGGCGCCAGCCCUCCAACCGGGUCUUCUGCUACAACCCGCUGACGGGGGUCUGGAGCGAGGUGUGCCCGCUGAACCAGGCCCGGCCGCACUGCCGGCUGGUGGCCCUGGACGGGCACCUGUACGCCAUCGGGGGCGAGUGUCUGCACACGGUGGAGCGGUACGACCCUCGCCUGGACCGCUGGGUCUUCGCCCCGCCGCUCCCCAACGACACGUUCGCCGUGGCGCACACGGCCACGGCGUGCGCCGAGGAGAUCUUCGUCACGGGCGGCACGCUGCGCUACCUGCUGCUCCGCUUCUCUGCGCAGGAGCAGCGCUGGCGGGCCGGCCCCACGGGGGGCAGCAAGGACCGCACGGCCGAGAUGGUGGCCGUCCACGGUUUCCUCUACCGCUUUGACCUCAACCGCAGCCUGGGCAUCAGCGUGUACCGCUGCAGCGCCAGCGCCCGGCUCUGGUACGAGUGCGCCACGCACCGGACGCCCUACCCGGACGCCUUCCAGUGCGCCGUGGUGGACAGCCUCAUCUACUGCGUGGGGCGCCGGCGCACGCUCUGCUUCCUGGCCGACUACGUCUCGCCCAGGUUCCUGCCCAAGGAGCUGCGGAGCUUCCCCACGCCGCGGGGCACCCUCCUGCCUGCCGUCCUGGCCCUGCCCACCCCCGAGCUGCCUCACACCAGGGUCUAGCAGCCCCUCUGCGCGGCUGCACACCGGGGAGGCAGCGAGGGCCACCCUGCCUGUCGCCCUGUGGGUCAGUGCUGGGCAGUCGGGCGGCCCAGGCCUUUGGCCAUCCAGAGGCAGAUUCUGACCCUACCUGCUCUGCCUGGUAAGUGGAGGCCUGGGCGGGGGGCGGGUCUUAGAUGAGUCUUGAGCCUUCGUGGGCUGCAGGGGUACCCUGGAGAGGAGAGGGCCGGGGACUGGUGUUCCAAGGCAGAAGAGAGGGCCACCACCUGGCUCCAACUCCGAAUUCCUGGGGGCAGUGACCAGCACCCCACCAUAGCUAGGAAGCGUGCACAGUUACUGCAAGCACAGUUCAGAGUGCUGGCAGACCCUCGACCUGGUCCCUGUGGAGAGGGGCCAGCUCUCUGUGCCGCCAGUGUCCCUUCAUGAACACUAAGCCACUGGGCCCCACCUCUACAGUUCCGGGAAGCACCCGGGACACACGGGCAGGAAAGACUGAGGGAGGAGCCCUGCGGGGGGAGAGGUGACUGAGAAGCAGGACAGCUGAAGCCGGGGCUGCUAUGGGACCCUGGGAGCAGAGUGAACGUGCCCAAGCCCACUUACUUUUCCCAUCACGGGAAGGAGGAAGGCCAGCUUCCUGUAGGGAGCUGCUGAGGAUACCAUGGAGGCCUCAGGAAAGGGAGGAAAGGCUCUGGUCCAAGGGCCACCCUCCUCCUGGGCCUUGCUCACGGCAUUGCUAACUGACCACUGCGCCCCUUCCCCGGGUCUCAGAAUCCUUCCCCGCAUCCCAGCCCUCCUGUCUGGAAGCAGGAACAGCCACUACCAGUCGCCAGCGCUGGUGAGAGGUGACAGCAGGGUUGGCACUCCCUGUGCCAUGUGGGCACCUGGUUUGCCUCAUCAGACAGGAGAGGACCAGGGAGAGAGAGGCAGGUCCAUGACGAAGCUGAGGAACUAGAAGAUUCCAGUGACGCAUCCGGAGACCAGAUCUCCUUUCACAGCAGGUUUGGUAAACUCUGAAAUGAAGGAGAGCCCCCAACCUCAGGAAGGCACCUGUUCUUUCAGGAGGGAAGGGAGAGAGACGGUCUGGUCUGUCACUGUAGCCCCCGUUCCAUCCUUGCAGGUGACGCAGAUACAGACAGGAAAGCAGCGAUGCUCUUGGCCCCAGCCAGAAGCCAGGGGAGAUAGGAGGUGGCCCAGGGCAGGGCCGGACAAGGGAGGAGAUAAGGAUGCUUUGGACCUCAGUCUCACUAUCUUGAAAAUGGGCAGAACAAUUCAUGUCCCCGUCUGCCUUGGGGAUAAAUGAGAGCCCGCAGAGAAAGUUCUCCCCGAGUUCCAGGCAGGGCCAGCUACAGCGUGUGUCCACUGCAGCUGCCGGGCUUGGGCUGCGGGCCUUGUUGGAAGAAGCAGGAUCGGAACAAAGGAUGAGGAGCGGGUUGUCAUGGAGAUGAGAGGACGGCUCGUACUGUACCCCACAAGGCCACCAUGGCCUGGGAAGAUGAGGCAGCUAAAUUUAGCCCUAAAUUGGAGACUGAGAAGGGAAAGUCAGCUGGGACCACGGCUGGCCCCUGGAAAGAGUGCCCCGCCCCCAUCCCCAGCCAAGGCCACAUUCAAGCACAGUGUCACAGUGUCAAUACUCAGGCACGAACCUCCAAGGGGUCCACGGGGUGGGGAGGAUGGCUUCCGUGACAGGGCUCGGGAGGCACUGGCAUUGUGAUGCCAGGCUGGGGGGAGGGUCGGCUUGGGAGGAGACCCCCAUCUGGGAGCUGGAGGCAGGUGGAGCCAGACCCAGUCCCCAAGGGCAGGCCUCUGGUGAGGAGCCAGGCAGAGGCUGAGACCACAACCAAGUGGGGAAAGUGCAGGAAAGGUUCCAAGCCCAGGAGGGACAAGGGGCCACUCUGGAAAAACAUUCCAAAGCCUAACACAUACCUACGGUAGGGACCAGGGAAACGAUUCCAGGGACCCCAGUGUCACCUGGUGGGCGUGAGCGAGCUGAGAUUCGGGCGUGGGUGUGAUGAGCGGUACACAGUACACCUGAUGUACCUCCCUCAGGCUCUGUCUUGUCCUGGCGGGGACCUUGCUGUGGCCUCCUAGCUGUUUGAACACCGUGUUGCAGACAGUCGCGCCAGCAGAUUAGAGCUGGCGUGCUUAUCCUCACCGUCCUGGUCUCCGGAGCUGGGUUGCGGGAUGGAAGUACUUGGGGCCGUCACGUGGAUCCAGGUAGUUGAAGGGCCUGAGAAGAGCCCCGAGGGCUCAGUGGUCAGGGUUCAUCCCUUCCCCUGUGAAAUAGACAUCUGCAGAAUGUCAGGCCGGGCCUUGUGCUAGGUGCUGGAGAUGCAGCAGACACCUGCCCUAACGGAGCUCACAUUCUAGUGGAGGAAAAUGGGCAAUUUUUAAAAACAAGCACAUAAUAAAAUAAAUAGAACCUGCACUGCAUGUGCACUAAGGAGCCGGUGGGAUCACGAAUGCCAGAGGGAGAGGGUUGCUCUUUUAAAUCAUGUGAUCGGGCCUCCGCAGUGAGGUGACAUUUGACCAGGGCCCCGAAUGCAAAGCUGAGGGGUGCACAGCCCAGGACUGGCUCAGGGGUUGGGACGGCUGCCCUGUGCCGGAAGGGCUCGGCCACGCCUGCCUGCCGGGGCGGGCAGGGCUGCCUCCAGGGAGCUCCGUCUUGGUGUAGGGAGAAGGGCAGGGCCGGCUACUCUGGUUUAGCCUUUGGUGUAAGGGAAAGAACUCAACGACAUCAAUGUCAUGAAAGAGACUCUGCAGACAGAAACAAGCCACAUUCCCCAGGAGAGAAGCAGAGCGUGCACGAGUAGGGGUGACAGCCAACAUAGUUACCAGGAUGUUGCAGACGCCACACCGGGUGUGCGCCAGGUUUCAGCCUGCUGGUGUCACUUAUGGGGGCAGAGUCUCAGACGUCCCCUCGACCUCGUUUAGUAGCCUGGGGUCUGCUGACCCCCUGCCCUUCGCCUCGGAGUGGCCCAGUGUCACUUGGCUUCCUGCAGGUCAUCUGUGCUGCUUGUCCAAUAAGAGUUCUUUCUUCUUUAGCAAAAAAAAAAAAAAAUUAAAUUUGGGUUGCUUUCCACUUUAAACCAGCUGUGGCCAUUAUAAAAAGAAAUGAAAAACAGAGAAAAGUAUAAAAACCUCCCCAACUCUGCCGCCCGAAGACAUCCCCUACUGCCGUGCGAGCCCCUCUGGUCUUUCUCCUCCGCACAUAGUUUUUGUUUGGCUUGAUUUUUGCCUAGGUGUGAUUAUGCUAAAUAUGCCAUUCAGCUGCUUCCCUUUUUUUGUUUUUUUUUUUUUACUUAGCGUUUUAUAAUAAGCAUUUUUCCAUGUUAUUACAAGCCCUCAGUAAACAACAUUUCAAUUGUUGCACAAUAUUCCAUUGAGUGAAUGUACCAAGGUUUAUUUAAAUGCUCCCCCCUCCUGUUGGCCCUGUAGAUUUUUUAUUUCUGCUGAUUUCUUUUUCUAUCACAAAUAAAACAUCCUUUGUUUUCUCA